UGGGGAGACGACUAUCAAGAGUCCAAUGGCAGAGUGGCGGAGCGGAAGCAGCUUCAAUUGAAGGCCAUACACAGGCCUAGGUUAAAAAGUCCCCCCAGCAGCAGUGUGGGGAGACGACUAUCAAGAGUCCAAUGGCUGAGUGGCGAUCCGGGAAGUCAGCGUUGUGAUUGCAGAUGCAAUGCAGAGAUUCUAUGAGGUGUAUGCCGUGGGUGCGAAGAAGAUCAUAUACCGUCGUACUUCCAUCCAUAAGACGGAACAACCUGCGAAACCGGGAGCUUUAUUGCCCUGACCCGCUGAGCAGCUUCUGGGAGACCCGAAAGUGGCACAUGGCGCGAAGGGUGGCGGUGGAGGCAGCAGUAUUCGGAAGACAUACACAGGACUAGUUUAAAAAGCGGAAGCCGUCAGCAGCGAGUGAGCAGACGACAGAGGCACAUGGCGCAGAGGUGGCGGUGGAUGGCAGCAGUAGUCGGAAGCCAUACACAGGCCUAG